CAUCAAAAGCUCCCUUGGCUUGUGAUUCAUCCAUCCCUCGAAACCGGUCAACUUGGACACGGCGACGCCCCGAGCGCGCAACCCCUGACAGCCCCCAACACGCAGCCAGCCCUUUGUCGUCGCCUUUGAUCGUCUGUGUAUCGAGAAUCUCGCUCUCCAUCGUCGUCACGGCAGUCGCUCGUUUCGCGUCUCUUAAAUCUCGGCAGUCACGUUUGUCCAACCGUCGAACCCGCGUCCACGACAAAAAGCAAAAAAAGCCACCUUCAUCGGACGCAGGUCGCUGCAAGGAUCCCUGUCGUGUCUCUCCGCCCGCCAGACCGACUGACUGCACUUUGCCUGCCAUACACCAUCGACGGAAAUGCCCCUCAACCACGUAUCGUAACGCCGCCCCGACACCCUCGCUCGUCCACCGCCCGCGACUACGACUACGACGACACGGCCGAGACGGAGGGAGAGAGGGCACACGUCGUCGCGAGACACGCAGCCAUGGACGCGUUGUCGGACGCCGGCUGCUCUUCGUCCCACGUAUCCCAACCCCUCGAGCGCUCCGUCUCCCAAACCAGCGCCGCCUCUGCGCGCUCCCAUCGCAGCGUCGUCCGUCGCAAUCGCCGCCUGCUCAGCCAGCCUAGCAGCUCGGCCAGCAGCAUCGCCGCGAGCGACAAGUCCCUCACCAGCUUCCCCAACUUCUCCCCCGAGGAGCCAGGCAACGGCCGCUUCGAUCUCGCCGCCUUCCACCGGCCCGACUACCGCGAUCCGCACCGCGAUGGCGCCGAGCAGGAGCGCCUGAAGACGGCCACCCAAGAGUCCGAGACGGGGCGUGCACGGAACUCGAGCGGCGGCGCCCGUCGGGGCUUCUCCAUCGUCGACACCCUGACGGGCGGCAUCACAGCGCGAGAUGCCCUGUUCGAGGACGCACCACUUCGGCAGUCCAUCCCCGGUGCCUUACACCAGGCCGAUGACCAACAUAUCGAGCGCCUCGUCGCCCGGCACGGCGCCGUUGCUCUCGUCAGGCAGAUCGCUGAGGAUCUGGCCCAGCGCGACAGCCAGAUCUCUGCCCUGCGACGCAAGGCCGACGAGCGCGAACGCGCGUUGCGGCGCAUCAUCCGCGAAUGCGGCCUCUCCAACCUCGACCUUGAGACUCGAUUGCGCAGUGUCGAGAGCGAGCUGCGCGCCAACGACAAGGUCCAGCGCACUGAGAGCAGUGGCCUGACGGAUUUGAUGAGCGACGCGAUGCAGGACACCAUGGCCGCCAACGCAUACCGCGAGGCGAAUCGAGGCGCCUCCACCAUCCGCGCCGGUGCUACCUUGUCUCUUCCUGGAGCGGCCGACAGCGCCAGCAGUAAUAAGGGGACCAUGCGAGGAUGGAAGGACUACAUACUGGGAACCGGAACGACGAAGCGAGCCAGUCGCACUAACAGCAUCAACGGAAACGGGGCCAGCCAAACCAUGGUCGUCAGGUCACACUCGAGCAUGGACCGCCGCCCGAUGAUCCAGGAGGACCUCUUCAACCCUCCGCCCACCGAAUCCAGCUCCAAGUCUGUGAGAAGCGCCAGUCGCGCCUCCAGCGUGUAUUCGGGCCAGGCGCCCGAGCGCAAGUCGUCGGUGUCCCUGGCCAGCCUCGCGCUCCGGCUCGUGGCAGGUGGCUCGGCGGCCCCUCGCGAAGCAGACCCCAGAGGCAGGGCGGCCACGACCUCGGCUCCCGCCGAGUCAAUCCGGGCUGCUUCUUCUGCCAGCGCAAGGACGGCGCAGUCGUCGCGUGCCGUCUCCGUCGCCGGCGGACCCAAGGCGCUCAUGGCCAUGCGACGUUCCACGCCGGCACCCCAGGCCCCAGCCAGUACCAAGGGGCAGGCUCAGGAGCUGUGGGGGAACAUGGUGGGGAGCCCGCCCGACAUGGCGGCAGCCCGGCAGGAGAGCUACGGACCGGUGGAGAUGGAUGCGAUCCGCCCACCCGAAUCGCAGCCCCCGACGCUCACGCACAUCUACAACAACUACGCCAGCGGUGAAUUCUUGACGGACCGGUUUGGCUUCAUCUAUGACCAGCGACGCAAGAAGAGACAGCGCGAGGCGGCGCAGAUGGCGCACAACAUUCGCAAAGGGAGCCGCGCCGAGAUGCUCAUGAAUGGCCGUUCCGGCAUCUCACCGAACCUGCUCGACGACCCGGUCCCGAGCCCCAAGUGGAGUGUGUCGAGCGAUGGUCGCCCGGGAAGCCCCGUCAGCCUGGAAGAGCGCGCAGCGGACGAGAACAAGCCCAAGCGGUGGCAAGACUACCUUCGAAUAGCUACAUUUCCGACGGAGCUGCUUAGCCACACGCCUAGCAUGAGCCUGCCGUCGCUUGAGGUGACGGAGGGGAGUGAACUCCCGACACCGCCCCAGAGCCAGGUCAGCGAGCCCGUCAAGACGUCUAGCAUCACACCCACCAGCUCCGGCCUUGUGCCCCUGGCUAGCACUACGACGGCCAUCGAUAACGAGACGACCCAGGCAACCGAGCCCGAAGCAAACGCCGGAACAAUGGUCAAGGAGGACGCCGAGCCGGUGCGGCUCCUGCUCCAACAGCUGAGUGAUGUGCACGACUCACUACAGCGCGACAAGACAGUCAAGUGGAAUGACUUUCUACGCAAGGUCCGAGCCGAGCGGCGCCGCGAAGGCGAGGCGGCCAUCGCGGCGGCGGCUGCGGUUGCGGAGGCACGGUACGAGACGCCGGCCAUGAUACUGCCCGAGACGCGCGUGGCCGACGGUGAGAUCAUCGGCAUAGCGGGCCUGGGCAUCAAGGGCAAAGUGGGCAGGGCCAAGUGGAACGAGUUCAAGACGCUCGUGUUGGGCGGCAUUCCCGUCUCGUACCGGGCCAAGGUAUGGUCUGAGUGUGCCGGCGCCAACGGGAUGCGCGUCCCGGGCUACUACGAAGACUUGGUAGCCCAGAGCGGCGAGGACGACGACGCGGUGGUGGUGGGCCAGAUUCAGAUGGAUAUUCACCGCACGCUGACGGACAACAUCUUCUUCCGAAAGGGGCCGGGCGUGCAGAAGCUCAACGAGGUGCUGGUGGCGUACUCGCGGCGCAAUAGGGAGGUGGGGUACUGCCAGGGCAUGAAUCUCAUCGCGGCAAACCUGCUCCUCAUCAUGCCGUCGGCCGAGGACGCGUUCUGGAUCCUGGCAUCCAUCAUUGAGACGAUCCUGCCGCAAGGCUACUAUGACCACUCGCUCAUGUCGUCGAGGGCGGACCAGCAGGUGCUGCGGCAGUACGUGUCGACGGUUCUGCCCAAGCUGUCGGCGCACUUGGACUCGCUCUCGAUCGAGCUGGAGGCGCUGACGUUCCAGUGGUUCCUGUCCGUCUUCACCGACUGCCUCUGCGCAGAGGCGUUGUUCCGGGUUUGGGACGUGGUGCUCUGCACAAACGAUGGUAGCACGUUCCUCUUCCAGGUGGCGCUGGCACUGCUCAAGCUCAACGAGCACAACCUGCUGCAGUGCGAUACGCCGGCCGGGGUGUACACAUAUAUCAACCACCACAUGACGGAGCAUGCCAUCAGCAUCGACGGACUCAUCCAAGCCAGCGAGGGCCUGCGCAAGGUGGUACGGCGGGAGGACGUGGAGCAGCGGCGGGACAAGGCGAUCCAGGCCGAAAGAGACCUCGUAGCGGAGAGGCAGGGCACGCGUGCGGCAACGACGAGAACGGUCCCGAGCCCACGCGACGGCGAUGCAGGGUCGCUGGCGGAGGCGGAGCCCCGACCCAUGGACAGCUGAAGUGCGGGGACGCAGAGGGCGUGUCUAGCUAGAGACGGCUCGAGGCAUACAACAAGAUGGGAGGUGGUUGUUUGGACAUGCGGAGCGACUUGAUACCCCCUUUUUCAUUUGUAGUUUUCCCCCUUCCCCCUUCCUCGAGUAGGUUGCUUGUCGCGCCCGGAGAAUGCAUCGUCGGUCACGGUCCUCGACCAGCGAUGAUUAGCGCCGGGGAGCAGCCAGCGGGUCGGCCACCCACCCAUCCACCCGUUGGGACACAUCCUUGUCUAUGGUAGAGCUGUCUAGAUAUAUAUCGCGGGGCCAAUACAUGAGGGAAUAGGAU